GUGGUGGCCUUGGGAGAUGUGCCGGAUGGGACGCUGGUAACAGUGAUGGCUGGGAAUGAUGAAAACUACUCUGCAGAACUCAGAAAUGCCACAGCUGCCAUGAAAAAUCAAGUAGCAAGGUUCAACGACCUCCGUUUUGUGGGUAGAAGUGGAAGAGGGAAGAGCUUCACACUGACUAUCACAGUCUUCACAAAUCCGCCGCAAGUAGCCACAUACCACAGAGCCAUCAAGAUAACGGUGGAUGGACCUCGGGAACCCAGAAGACAUCGUCAGAAAAUAGAUGAGCAGACAAAGCCUGGGAGCUUGUCCUUUUCAGAGCGCCUGAGUGAACUGGAGCAGUUGCGUCGUACAGCCAUGAGGGUCAGCCCACACCACCCAGCCCCCACACCCAACCCACGAGCCUCCUUGAACCACACCACUGCUUUUAACCCUCAGCCUCAGAGUCAGAUUCAGG